AGGGUUGAUAUUAUGAGGAUGAGUGGAAAGUGCGGAUCACAGUACGGCCGAGGUGCUCGUAGGAACAACCCGACUGUACUCACGCCCCAGCUGCUGCCCUGCUCCUAGUGACGCAGUAGCAACAGCAGCAGCAGCAACAGCAGCAGCAGCAGCAUGGCAGGGAUACACUUCCUGCCCCUGCUGGCGGCCAUAUUUUUCCUGUCAUUCCCGGAGACUGAUUCCACUGCAUACAAGUGGAGUGACAUUCCUUUUAGUUUCCCUGGAGAUUCACUUCUGUCAUACUCAUCGGGAGAAAGUCAAGGAAGAGAUCUGCCAUACUCAUCGGGAGAAAGUCAAGGAAGAGAUGUGUCAUACUCAUCGGAAGAAACACGAUAUAGCGAAAGUACAAAUGACACGUUGUCUAUUUCAAGUAAUGACACCACAAAUGAGGAAGAGCAAGAUAAGCUACUUGGUGCUUAUCAUAAUGAAAUAGAACAUCUGGAAACCUUCAAGAAUUUCUUACUAGGUUUUAAACCCGAACACAAAAGCACAACAAAAUGGCAAAAACUCUUUGACAUCUGCACCAAUUUAACAGCAAAAUAUUACAAGCUUAACAGAAAGCUUAUUACAGUAGUGAAAGGAAUUAAAGAUGCAUCACGAAGUUGUAUUAAAGGUGAAACCGAAAUCACCAAGUUAGAUGUUAAUUACGCAAACGACCCAGAAAAUGGAAUAGAGGCAGGUCUCUAUUUGGACAUAAGAACAAAGACACAGACGGUAGAUGGAUGUGCCUGGCAAAAAGAUUUCUUAAGAAUGCUUCCGGCACAGAGAGUAAUAGAAGCAACCUCAGGUGACCCCUGUGUUACCAUCACAACUUGCACGACAACACCAAAACCUAUAACUACGACAUACACAACCUCAACCACACCAAUAUCAAAAACAACCUCAUCCCAAAAAACUCAACAAACAUCAUCACAAGAAACAUCACAAUCAACUCAAUCAACACAAUCCACGCAAGUAACGGAAACGGAAUCAUCCACAGAAGUAACAGAAACAACUGUUUCACAAAGAACUCAGGAGACAGAAACAUCCACUGAGGUAUCUCAAUCCACAGUUUCACAGGAAUCUCAGUCUACAGAAUCAUCCAAGAUCACGGAAACAACAACAUCACAGGAAACGACACAAACAAAAUCAUCCACUGAAGUGUCUGAGACCACUACUUCAGAAGAAUCUACAUCCACAGAAUCAUCUACAAGGUACACUGACAAAACACGAGAAACAGAGACCUCCACUGAAGUGUCUGAGACCACUGUUUCAGAAGAAUCUCAGUCAACAGAAUCAUCCACAAAGGGCACUGGCACAACACAAGAAACAGAGACCUCCACUGAAGUAAACUUCGACAUCCACUGA